AUGGCCAUCGCCGCUGUCCUGGCCUCCCUCCAAGGCAGCGUCAUCUCGAAUCCCUACGGCUCGUUAGCUACCGCAGCCCUCUUCAUCCCAUUCCUCUAUGUCAUUAUCAAUGAGUUCAUUCGUGAUUCCGUCCGUGUCAAGGGUAUGAAGGGCCCGCGUGGUUUGCCGUUGAUUGGAAACCUGGCGCAGAUUCGAACGGAUGCUGCGGAGCAAUAUCGUCUCUGGUCGAAAAUAUACGGCGCUGUUUAUCAGAUCCAGUUGGGGAAUGUCCCCGUCGUUAUCGUCAACUCUGCUGCAUCCGCAAAGGCGCUUUUCAGUCAGAAUGCGCAGGCGUUGAGCUCCAGACCUGAGACUUAUACUUUCCAUAAGAUUGUUUCCAACACUGCCGGAACGACUAUCGGUACCUCGCCCUACAGCGAGUCCCUGAAGAGACGCAGAAAGGGCGCCGCAUCGGCUCUCAACCGUCCCUCCGUUGAGACAUACGUGUCACACCUGGAAAUCGAGUCAAAGGCCUUUGUGGAAGAGCUGUACAGAUAUGGAAAGCACGGAAAGACACCCGUCGACCCGAUGCCCAUGAUCCAGCGUCUGAGUCUCAGUCUGGCCUUGACUCUGAACUGGGGUGUGCGUGUUGCGUCACAGGAAGAGGAACUGUUCGAUGAGAUCACCGAGGUGGAAGAAGAGAUCAGUCGGUUCCGAAGCACCACCGGAAACCUGCAAGAUUACAUCCCUCUCCUGCGGUUGAACCCGUUCAGCUCGAACUCGAAGAAAGCCGCUGAGAUGAGAGCCCGUCGCGAUAAGUAUCUCGGUGCGCUUAAUGAUGAUUUGAAUGAUCGCAUGGCAAAGGGAACACACGAGCCUUGUAUCCAGGCUAAUGUCAUUCUGGAUAAGGAGGCGAAGCUGAAUAACGAGGAGUUGACGUCGAUUAGCUUGACUAUGCUUUCUGGUGGUCUUGAUACUGUUACCACUUUGGUCGCGUGGAGUCUGGCUUUGCUGGCUCAGCGUCCUGAUAUCCAGGAUCGGGCGGCUAAGGCUAUCCGGGAGAUGUACGGUGAGGAUGAACCCAUGUGCUCUUCUGAUGAUGAUCAGAAGUGUGCGUAUAUUGCAGCUCUGGUCAGGGAAUGUCUUCGAUUCUUCACCGUGCUUCGACUAGCACUUCCUCGCACCUCGAUCAAGGAUAUCACCUAUCAGGGAAUCACCAUUCCCAAGGGCACAGUGUUCUUCUUGAAUGCCUGGGCAUGCAACUUAGAUCCUGAUGUGUGGACUGACCCGGAUGAGUUCCGUCCCGAGCGCUGGCUCGAACAACCCGACGCGCCUCUCUUUACGUACGGUAUAGGCUACCGGAUGUGCGCCGGCUCACUAUUGGCCAAUCGUGAACUCUACCUCGUCUUCAUUCGCACUCUCAACAGCUUCCGUCUCGAACCGCAUGACGAUACAGACUGCCACCCUCUCCGGGGUAACUCGGACCCGACUAGUUUGGUGGCCAUUCCUCGGAGAUAUAAGGUCCGAUUCGUACCAAAGAAUGAAAAGGCUUUGUCGAAAGCUCUUGCACAGUGA